CAUGGUAAUGCAUGUAUGUGGUCCCAACUAGUAGAGAGGGUGAGGUGGGAGAACUGCUUGAGCCUGGGCGACGGAGGCUACAGUGAGCUGUGAUCACACCACUGCACUCCGGUAUGGGCGACAGAGUGAGAUUCUGUCCCCUGAUCCUGCAAAAAAAGCCAAAAAAAAAAUUGGCUAUUCCUUCAACAGGGAAGCACUGCAAGUCAAUUUCAACAGCUGUGGAUACAGAAUCCCAUUACAGAGAAGUAGGAAGCAAUUAACUGAGAGCAGUAAUACAAUCAGCCACCGCAAGGUCAUGGAUUUACAGGAAUUUGCUAUUCAUCCACGUUAUAAAAGCAAAGACAAAAAAUGUGAGUAACGAAAUGUUUGUCAUGCUUGCAAGAGACAACAGGAGCUAUUAGGAAAAUACAUCAAUUAAUUUUCUACUUUAAGAUUACGUGUUACUAGUGAACCAGAAAGCAUGCAAAAGUUGCUGUCUACGAAGAGGAUUUGCUUGAAGGUUUACCUAGGACUGAUUAAACAAAAAGUAUUUAAUUAUAGGUUCGGAGAACUUAAUGUUUCCGAUACUUAGAAAAUGUUUGACUGACAACAACAAAAUGAGUAAGACACAGGAUAAUCAACAGAGCCAACCCUUGCUAAAAUGAUGAAGGUGAACUAGCCAUCCACCUACACACCUCCUAGCCCUAUCCCCCAACUUCUCCUCCCGUCUCUACUCCCAGCCUUUAUUCUCUCCUGACUUCUUCUCAAGUUUAGUGUCAUUUCCUGCCUUCUCUAGGCCUGGGCACAGACCGCUUCCCAAUCUCUUCUUAUCAAAUGUGUCAGGUUGAUUUUUCUUUUUGUUUUUGUUUACUUUAUAUUGAAGUAUUGGUACUUGUGACCCCUCCUAGUGUCUGAUCUUCCAUACUUCCAAGGUAACGACUAUCCUAACUUCUAACACCAUAGAUUUGCUUUGCCUGUUUUUGUAUGUGUUCUUUAGUUUCUGGUUUCUUUCACUCAACAUUAGAUUUGUGGUAGUAGGUUACUCAUCCAGCUGAUGUAUAGAAGUCCAUCGUGUGAAUAUACCACAAUAUAUUUACCUAUUCUACCCUUGAUGGACAUUUGGAUAGUUUCCAGUUUGACGAUAUUAUGAAUGGAGUCACUGUGAACAUUCUACUUCAUGUCUUUUGGGGAACUUAAUUUACAGAUUUCUUUAGAUUGAAACCUAGGACUGGAAUGACUGGGUCGGAUGGACAUUUAGCUAUAAUCAUUUUCCAAAGUGGUGGGCCCAUCCUACAGACGUUUAAUAAGGAUUCACAUUCAUUCAUAAAAACAUGAAUAGUCUGCACAGUAUUUUCAAAAGAAGCAGAUCUAGAACCCAGUUCUGAUUCCAAGCCUAGUGCAUGUUCCAUCCAAUAGAUUCCAGGUUCUUCUAUCCUACUUUCUUCUCCUCAAUACUAUGCUGCCUUUUUCCUCUAAAGACUCAAGAAUGAAUAGCUAGUCAUUCACGGGGCAUUCUCCCCAGGGUACCUUUUGCCUUAAAGAAGGUCAGUGGUAACUCUAAAGAGCUCUACUUGUGGGACUUUCAGGUUUCAUAAAAGAUCAAUCUGUAGAAAGGAACUAGAGAGGAGAGAGAGGGAGAUAACUUCAGUCACAGGAAAGUACUUAACAGAGUCAAUCAAAUCCGAGAGGUCCAUUGAUCUAAAUAGAGCCGUUUGUGAUGAAACACAAUAGAAGAUAGGAAGCUCAUCUUUUAUCAUGUGAACUUCAGGGCAAACAUGCUAGAAAGCUGUUAAACCCUGGCCUCCUCACACUGAUACACAGGAACCAAAGGGAAGCCUCAGAUGUCAAAUUCUCACGUCUGCGCCCAGGCGGCCAGAAGCAGGAACUGGCUGCUGGUUUCUUGAGGGUGGCCUGCAUGUGAGCCCAGGGUGUGACAAAAUGUAGCAGAAAAGACUGAGAAGGAUGAUGAUGAAAAUGAAGCUCCAGCCUCCUGACUACCCCUCUCAGGUGUGCAUCUGUUCCCAAUUCCAUAUUACAAUUAAAGAGAAUGAUUUUUAUAUACUUAGAUACUUUUAGUGUCUGAAUUUGAAUAUAGCUGAAGUUAAGGGUACUAAUUAAUUGUGAAUCAUUCCAAUACUUGAAUAUAAAACCUCUCGAGCCUAAUGUGCAAAUUUAUGUAAAAACAAUGUGAAAAUUAGAAAUGCAUUGGCACUUUUUUUUUAAAGCAGAACUGUAGCACUCUGUCUAGUCAAACAGACUGCUCAUUUGCAAGUUGUCUAUAUGCAAAGCAUUCUGCCCCUGGGAGCCUAAAAUCUCCUUAGCAAGUCAUCUGAAAUUUGAGAAGAGCUUUGUUCUGAACCUGCUUUCUGCUCUCUUCACUUUUCUUCCCUGCUUCCAGCACUGUGGGCAAAAAGCCUAAGUAUGGAUUUCACCUGGCCAACCCAGAAACAGCCAUGGCCCAAACAGGAGGCCUGCCCUGGGAAACCCAUUUAAGUUCAAAGGAGGGUGUCUAAAUAAGCUUGUCUUGAGCCCUGUGCAUUGGGUCUUGCACUGCAGCCUUCCAACUUUAAGAGAAAUUUCAGAAUCCAAAUUCUUCCCACCUGCAGGGCUCAAAUUUUCCUUUGCAGAUCAGACCUGGUGAAGAGGCUAUUUGCCGUUCAAUCCUAGGCUAGCUUUCUGCCUUUCACCUAAUGUUUGAGGUUAAGAGAAAUCAGAGAAGAGAGACUGUAAACUGAUCAACACUGCAUGGGCAUCUGCCUCACCCAGCUUUGGGAGUGGGGGGAAGAGUCAGCCACAGGUGCUCAGGUGCAGGUGCCCAGGUGUGAGCGGCCAGGUGCAGAUGCUCAGGUGUGGCAGCAGGGAGUGCACUUGGCUCAUCUGCCCUGGGGAGGGCCAGCUCCCAACAGAAGUAGGCCAGAGGUCAGUCCCAGGAAAUGCUUGGAGCGGCCGGCAGGGUAGGGCCAACUCAUGAUACACCUAGGAGUGGGAAGGGGGGCCUCUUUGGGAAUUACCUGGUUUAUCAUUUAGCUGUUGGGGUGGGGAAGGAGGUGGGAAAGACAGAAGGCUCUACCAGGAAUUGGCAGGCAGCCAGGUCAGAGGUAAUGGCAGCCCACUUGUGCUAGAAAGGCAGGCAGGAUAUGACUGCACAGAUAUUCUCUCCUGGGCGAGGAGCCACAUCAACAAGUACAAAUCGCGGUUGCCCUGGAAGGAAAUGGCUCAGGUUUUUCCCAGUAGCUCACUGCCUAGGCAUCCCCACCAGUGGUUUGGGCAUUUCACUCUAUUAGCUCUUCUGCUCAGUGGUCCAUUCUGCUAGCCACAGCUCACAUUUACUCAAGUUAUGAAAAAGGUUAAUUUCCCCAUAUUGAGUUUCUCUGCAAAACCUGCUUUCAGUUGUGACCGGUAAGUUCCGUUGUCACCAGUAUGGGUACAACUGUUGUGACCCUGAUAUUGUGAAGCUGUGAUACUAAAAGUGUGACCCCAGAUCAGUGUCAUCGCCAUCAACUACAAUCUUGCUAGAAAGAAAACUCGCCCUAGACUUCUAGAAUCAGAAUCUGCAUUUUAACAAGGCCCCCGGGGGAGUCCUGUUCACACUGAGUUUUGAGAAGCUCUGUUCUAAGCUAUUACUCCAAUCCCCAGCAAGCCAAACCGACCACUUUCAUCACAUAAUCAGAACGCUCGGUUCCAGUAUUUCCAGAUACCAGCCAUAGGAAAGAACAUUGUUCUCUCAUUUCCCUUGCACUCAAUUUCCUCAACCCUUAAGUCCUCAUCUGUAAAAUGGGAGUGCUAAUCCUACUUAAUUUAAGAUGAUUAAGUUGAAUAAUAAAUUAGAAUUUGUCCUACAAAUUGUGAAUCAUGAUCGGAAUAUUCAAUUUUAUUAUUUCUCUGUGUCCUAACUCAAUAACUGGGUUAUAAACUCCUGAAAACAGGACAAUCUCUUCUCUACCUCUUUCUUUAUCUUCCCUAUAUACUGAAAUACAGCGUUCUGCCCAUAAUGAGGUCGACUAUUUGACAUUUACAAAAAUCUCUCUUGGAAUCCUCCUGCCAAAAACAAAAAAAUCGAAUUUCAAUUUAUGACUCCAAGCACAAAGAGAUCCUGUCACUUUGACCUAAUUCUCUGAGGUUCAUCCCUCUAAAUAAUUGUAUUGUCUCCAUCUAUAAAGUACUCUGUUACUAUGACAACGCACACAUAAUUGCAUGUGUAAGUAGUUGAGGAUGGCUGUACAAGUCAGGCUCCUUUCCACCAGAAAACACAGAAAACAUUCUAUCUUCCCAAAUGUUACUCUCUCAGAUUUGCACCAAGACCCUAGAAGUUUCUUAAACUUCCAUAUACUUUAUGGACACUAUAAAGCAAUUCCAGGAAACACUAAUAGAGUAGCAAAACUAUUGGGGAGUGGAAAUUGGAUGGAGAUCUGGGUCCCAGUUCAGCGUCUGACACCUGAUUUGCAACAUAAUUAGGCACAGGGCACUCAACUAUUCAGGGCCCUAAACCCUUCUAUUGAAAGGGAAAUGAGAGAACAAUAUGUGUUCCUAUGGCUCAAUCCCUAUAAGAUUCUGUACUAUUCAGAGUUGAUUUUAAGUGUCACUUAAUUGAAAUUAUCCAACAAACCUUCAUGGCAUGAAACAUAAACACGGCUCUUUUUAUAUGGCAUGGUUCCUAUGCCUCAAUCCCUAUAAGAUUCCAUACCAUUCGGAGUUUAUUUUAAGUGUCACUUAACUGAAAUUAUCCAACAAACCCUCGUGGCAUUAAACAUUAACGUGGCUCUUUUUAUAUGGCAUGGUUCAUUAUCAUGCCAAUAAAUGAUUAAUCGUAACUCUCUGUCUUGACCAAUAAUUUUGCUGGACUUUUAUGAUUCACAACGUGCUCUGUGUUGUAAUGCUACCUCUUGAAACUGACAUCCUAGCAUUUAUUGUUUUUUAUUACUUCCCUAAGGUGGCUUUCAAAAGAGACACCAAAUGACAUAUUUUUAGGAGGGGUUUAAAAGUUUGAUGGGGUAGAAGUAAACAUUGCUUAACUCAACCGGCAGCAGAGCCAGGACCCAGGGACCAGCGCUUCUGUGGACUUGGCCUUUCAAGCAGCAGACCCAGCAAUGAAUGAUCCGAACAGCUGUGUGGACAAUGCAACAGUUUGCUCUGGUGCAUCCUGUGUGGUACCUGAGAGCAAUUUCAAUAACAUCCUAAGUGUGGUCCUAAGUACGGUGCUGACCAUCCUAUUGGCCCUGGUGAUGUUCUCCAUGGGAUGCAACGUGGAAAUCAAGAAAUUUCUAGGGCACAUAAAGCGGCCGUGGGGCAUUUGUGUUGGCUUCCUCUGUCAGUUUGGAAUCAUGCCCCUCACAGGAUUCAUCCUGUCAGUGGCCUUUGACGUCCUCCCCCUCCAGGCCGUGGUGGUGCUCAUUAUGGGAUGCUGCCCUGGAGGAACUGCCUCCAAUAUCUUGGCCUAUUGGGUCGAUGGCGACAUGGACCUGAGCGUCAGCAUGACCACAUGCUCCACACUGCUUGCCCUUGGAAUGAUGCCGCUGUGCCUCCUUAUCUAUACCAAAAUGUGGGUCGACUCUGGGAGCAUCGUAAUUCCCUAUGAUAACAUAGGUACGUCUCUGGUUGCUCUUGUUGUUCCUGUUUCCAUUGGAAUGUUUGUUAAUCACAAAUGGCCCCAAAAAGCAAAGAUCAUACUUAAAAUUGGGUCCAUCGCAGGUGCCAUCCUCAUUGUGCUCAUAGCUGUGGUUGGAGGAAUAUUGUACCAAAGCUCCUGGAUCAUUGCUCCCAAACUGUGGAUUAUAGGGACAAUAUUUCCUGUGGCGGGUUACUCCCUGGGGUUUCUUCUGGCUAGAAUUGCUGGUCUACCCUGGUACAGGUGCCGAACGGUUGCUUUUGAAACAGGGAUGCAGAACACGCAGCUAUGUUCCACCAUCGUUCAGCUCUCCUUCACUCCUGAGGAGCUCAAUGUCGUAUUCACCUUCCCGCUCAUCUACAGCAUUUUCCAGCUCGCCUUUGCCGCAAUAUUCUUAGGAUUUUAUGUGGCAUACAAGAAAUGUCAUGGAAAAAACAAGGCAGAAAUUCCAGAGAGCAAAGAAAAUGAAACGGAGCCAGAGUCAUCGUCUUAUAAGGCAAAUGGAGGAUUUCAACCUGAUGAAAAGUAGACAUCAAGUGGACAACAAAGACGAGUUCUAAAUUACAUUCUUAAACCAUAAUUAUAUUUAGUUAUUUGUUUUGGUAAGACAGUUGGCAGAAAAGAGUUAAAGUGAAAAUUUGAAUUUCAUUUGAAUUCAUGCAUUGGUUUCAGUACCAAGUGACUAGUGGCCCUAUUCUUUAAUGGGACAAAUAUUGUUUCCUAUAUAUAUGUAUAUGUUCUAUAUAUGUAUGUAUACUCAUAUAGAUAUAUUGUCAUUGAAAUAUUCCCCCAAAAUAUUCUCAGACUAAACCUGGCAGAGGGAACACCGAGAAUGAAAACAUCGUAACACCAAAACUGAAUUCUUAUGCAGAAUUUCCUAGCCCAGAGAUGACGACCUGACUUUCUGUACGUUAAAGUAGAUGUAGUGAAUUAUUAUUAUUAUAGUGGUCAAGAUUUUCUUCAGUGUUUACGAUUAUAAAAAUUGACAUGAACAUCUUUCACUGACAUUUUAAUCAUUAUUUUGAAAGCUUUGCAACCUAUAUAUUUAUAUAGCUUUGUAAUAUAACAUGGGCAAAUAUCUGACUUCUGUAUUUUUAAAAAGUUGCCUUCUCCAGUGACAGUCCAAAAGCAGAAAUGAGAGGAAAUUAUUACAAAAUAGAAUUCAAUAACCGUAUUGGAUGCAGGCUCUUAACUCAGCAGGGAGAUUGCACAUCUAUUGCUCUACCUCAGGGGUCCAGUGAUAACCACUAGAUCUUUCAAGGAAAAUCGUAAUUCUUUCAAAUGGUGUGUAUUUGGCAAAGAGCCCUUCAAACCCAGGAGAGGAACUUCCUCAAGGUUUUCCUGUGUGCAGCGGGUCCACAUAGCUAAUAUGACAGCUAUUCAGUUGACAGGGACCACCCACACAGUAAGCACCAUGGUCAGGGAGGUGGCAGGAGGUGCAAAGACAGAAGUAUUGGGAGAAACACCAAGACUCUAGUGGAGGAAUUAAUUCAAUGGGAGAUAGCACAAAAUACAUAGAAAACACAAGUAACAGAAACCCGGUUGAAAUGCUUAACUAGAGUCAAUUAGAUGUGCAGGAGUAAGUAGUAUAAGAAGAAUGAAGUCCGAGAGUGAUCAGGAAAUGAGUAUUAAACAGUAUUUGAAACAGAGAAUGUGUCCCAGGGCCCAAAAGUAAGAAGGGCCCCACCAGCCAGGCAAGUUGUUUGAAUGCUGUAAGCAGGUGUAGCCAAGGGAAGCCAGGACUAUCUGAUAUACAGCAGCAGGGGUUUAUGGCUGCCAGGGUAAAAUAACUGAUCAAGUGUUGGACUUUCAAUUAUAAGAUCGAAUUUAAUUUUCUUUCCCUCAUUCUGCAGCAAUCAGAAUACACAAUCUUAACCACUCGGUCCUUAGUGGUUUUGUUCCAUUUUGCACUGGGUAUUUUCACUGCCUCAUAGAGUCUAUUUCAAGUGUUUUGGCUGAAAGGGCUUUUUGCAUUUGCAUGUUCUGAGUUCAGAUCCUGCUGGUGCACCCAAGCAUUAUGGGAACAGGAACUCAACUUAGCUCUUCCAGUAGAGGGAUGAGGGAUUCUGCUUUUCAAAUUCGUAGCAUUUAUCUUUUUAUACAAGGCUUUCAUUUACAGUUGAAUACGUACUUCAUAUUUUUCCAUCAUUAGACAAAUACAAAAUGGACUAAAUAAUUUUAAGAGAUAGUGGAGGAGAGGGGGCUUCUUUCUUAGAGACUUCCUUCUUAGAGAGUGUCAGAGAAUAUGCUCCCAAUGGUGGAAAGGAAGAUUUUCAGUCUAGCGGCUAAGUACCUCCUACACAUUUCUCAUCAAUCAGAAAAUAGACAGGUGCACUAAAGGGACCCUGAGAACUCUAUCGUAAUUUCAACACACCCAAAAUCAAGGGCCUGGAUGCCAGCAGCUGCAGCAAGCAGGUUUUUCCUCCCUGUUGAUCAAGACAGGUGAGCAAGAUAGAACUUGGCUUUCUUAUAUGAUGCGGUAACUUGUGACUUGUGUCUUUUUCCCUAAUGUGCUAGUGGGAAGAAAAACAGCUGAGCUUUCUAAAAUGAUAGCUCUCUAUUUUUAAAUGAAUUUGAAAAGUAGAUUAAAUUAUGUAUUUUAUUGCCUCUGAGUAUCAUACUAAAUGAAUAUUUUAUUUUAAAGUCUUAAAUAAAUGAAAAUGAUUUUUGUAAUGUUUGGUCUAGUUGAAUCUUUGUGACUUGUGUCAAGAUUUUCUCACUGCUCAGUUCUAGAGAUACAAAUAAGGUGGAGUUUCUCAGAUAUUAAAUUGUUCUUUGAAAGGUGCCUGAAAGAAACUCUUAAUUAAACACUCUCAUAAUUCGGUCUCCCACUGAUACUGACUGGGAUUUUCCUCCAGAAAAUCAUACAGGGGGAACAUUAAUUAAAGACUCUUAAAAAUAGUUUGACAAUGAUAGCUGAUUUAAAGUAAUAAUGAAAGUAUUUCAUGAACUUACAAAUGAAGCCACCAUCUUCUAUGAAAUGGUGAUGUAUAUACAUACAUAUACACGUGUGUGUAUAUAUACACACAUACACAAUGAUAGCCUAUUUAAAAUAAUAAAAGUAUUUCACGAACUUAUAAAUAAAGCUUUCACCUCCUACAAAAUGGUGAUAAAUGUAUGUGUAUAUGUAUAAUA